GGGUUCGGUAUACAAGGAACAGAAAACAUCGUCUUACUUCGGUCUGAAACUAGGCCUAGUACUAGUAGUAGUAAAAGUCGUCAUAGUCUGUAUACUGAUUUUUAGAUGGGAUGUCCGUUGCAAAGAAGUCAACGAUCUUAUCUAUUCCAUGUCGGUGGCUAAGGAGACCAAAUAAUACUCCACAAUAUUCAACGGACACUAUAAGAAAUGGAUUACUGGGAAUGGUAGGGAGAACACCGCUUGUGAGAAUUAACAAACUUAGUGAUGCAACUGGUUGUGAGAUUUUGGCAAAGGCAGAGUUCUGCAAUGGAGGUGGUUCUGUAAAAGAUAGGGCUGCAUAUUUUCUCAUAAAGGAUGCUGAAGAAAAAGGAUUGCUGAAACCAGGAGGGACAGUUGUGGAGGGAACAGCGGGCAAUACUGGGAUAGGGCUGGCCCACAUGUGCCUGGCUAAGGGUUACAAGUGUGUCAUCUUCAUGCCCAAUAAUCAAUCCCGGGAAAAAAUUGAAUGCCUCCAGACUCUUGGAGCAGAAGUUUAUCCAUGUCCGGUGAAACCUUGGACAGAUCCGGACAACUACAAUCACCAGGCAGCCAGAUUUGCUCAAAGUUUGGAUAACGCAGUCUGGACGAAUCAGUUUGACAACACUGCCAAUAAAAGGGCCCACAUUGAAACUACAGGACCUGAAAUCUGGCGUGAAACAAAUGGUAAGGUGAAUGCUGUGGUGUUUGGAACAGGAACUGGAGGAACAUUAGCAGGAGUAGGGACCUACCUAAAGGAGAAAAAUAAAAAUAUCCAGGUGUUUCUCGCUGAUCCUCAGGGAAGUGUUUUGUAUAAUUAUAUAAAAAAUGGAAAGUUAGAGAGGACUCCUGGUGAUUCCAUCACAGAGGGCAUAGGUCAAGGUCGGGUCACUCAGAACUUGAAGGAUGCUCCUAUUGAUGAUGCAUUGGCAAUCAAAGAUGUAGAUGCUGUGGAAUGGACCUUCAGACUUCUACAUGAGGAGGGAUUUUUUGUUGGUGCCUCCACUGGACUAAAUAUAGCAGCUGCUAAACAGGUGGCUGAGAAAAUGGGCCCAGGGCACACCAUUGUCACCUGUCUAUGUGACACUGGACAGCGUUAUUAUGGAAAGUUGUUCAGUAAAACAGUUCUGAAAAACCGAGGUGCACUUAAAAAUGCUGCAGGGCAAGUAAACACAGCACAAAAGCCUCAUUCUAAUACAUUAUGCAGUGUUUGCAUGGCUCUGCUAUAGUCAAUGCACUUGUGAAGCUGUUAUUUUUUCUGUGGAACUUGCCUUGUAACACUCCUGUUUAAAUGAGAUGUUCAUUUCAUCUAAACUCCAAAGCGCAAGUAAACAAAUAAAAACAACUCCACUUAUUGGUAUACAGUGUGAUGCGUUGCGUUUUUGUGUCUGUAUUUAUGUGUUUUGUUGUUGUGUUUUAGUUUUUUUGUGUAUGCUUUUUCUCGUAUGUGUGUAUAUUCCCGUAUUCAUGUGAUUUGAUCCUAUGAGUUAGGUCUUCUGGGUGUGGUUUGUUGUCAUAUAUAGGCAAUUUUUUCCCGUGUUUAUGCUUUUGUUCCCGUGUUCAUGAUUUUGUUCCUGUGUAUGUGAUUUUGUUCCUGUGUCAAUGGUUCUGUUCCCGUGUUCAUGGUUUUGUUCCCGUGUUCAUGGAUUUGUUCCUGUGUUUAUCGUUUUGUUCCCGUGUUAAUGUUUUUGUUACCGUGUUAAUGGUUUUGUUCCCGUGUAUGUGAUUUUAUUCCCGUGUUAAUGAUUUUGUUCCCGUGUAUGUGAUUUUGUUCCGGUGUUAAUGAUUUUGUUCCCGUGUUAAUGGUUUUGUUCCCAUGUUAAUGUUUUUGUUCCCGUGUAUGUGAUUUUGUUCCCGUGUUAAUGGUUUUGUUCCCAUGUUCAUAAUUUUGUUCCCGUGUUAAUGCUUUUGUUUCCGUCUUAAUGUUUUUGUUCCCGUGUUAAUGUUUUUGUUCCCGUGUAUGUGAUUUUGUCCCCGUGUUAAUGGUUUUGUUCCCAUGUUCAUAAUUUUGUUCCCGUGUUUAUGAUUUUGUUCCCGUGUUAAUGGUUUUGUUCCCAUGUUCAUAAUUUUGUUCCCGUGUUAAUGCUUUUGUUUCCGUCUUAAUGUUUUUGUUCCCGUGUUAAUGUUUUUGUUCUCGUGUUAAUGGUUUUGUUCCCGUGUAUGUGAUUUUGUUCCCGUGUUAAUGUUUUUGUUCCCGUGUUAAUGGUUUUGUUCCCGUGUAUGUGAUUUUGUUCCCGUGUUAAUGCUUUUGUUUCCGUCUUAAUGUUUUUGUUCCCGUGUUAAUGUUUUUGUUCCCGUGUUAAUGGUUUUGUUCCCGUGUAUGUGAUUUUGUUCCCGUGUUAAUGUUUUUGUUCCCGUGUUAAUGGUUUUGUUCCCGUGUUAAUGUUUUUGUUCCCGUGUAUGUGAUUUUGUCCCUGUGUUAAUGGUUUUGAUCCCCUGUUUAUGAUUUUGUACCUGUUUUUAUGCGUUUUACUUCCGUUAUUUAGGUUUUCUGGGUGCGUUUUGUUGCUAUAUUUAUGCCUUUUGGUUUUUUUAUACUUUGGGUUUUAUUGGAUAUGGUGUUUUCAUGUUAUGUAUGCGUUUUGUUCUCGUGUGAAUACGUUUUGUUCUUGUGUGAAUAGGUUUUGUUCCAUAUAUGCUUUUUGUUGCUGUAUUUAAACGUUUUGCUACCGUGAAUUCGAUUUUGAGUUUUGUUUUCAUGUAUAUAUUUACAUCUCGUAUUUAUGCGUUUAAUUUGCUCCUUUUCUGGAUGCUUAUUUUCGUUGUGUGCGUUUUGUUCUCGUAUUUUUUGCGUUUUGCUCUCAUGAUUCAGGUUCUGUAUACGUUUUGUUUUCUUGUAUGUAUGCGUUUUCUUUCUGUAUUUUAGGUUUGCUGGAUGCCAUUCCAGAGCCGUAUCGUAAGUCUCUACACGAA